AUGAGAAUACUCUCUACAAAGGAGAACUUUUCCCCACAUGCGAAAUUUAUAUUUGUCAAAAUUUUCGUGACAGAAUGUCAUCAUGGAAAAAUGCGAGCAAGGCAGGGGCCAGGUCUUAUAAAGAAAGAAGUCAGCCUGCAAGUCGAUCUCAUCUUGGUGCUUUGGAAAAAAAGAAAGAUUACAAGCAAAGAGCUAUAGAUCAUCAGAGGAAGCAGAACACAUUAAAGGUACUGACACAGAAAGCUCUAGCUAGAAACCCUGAUGAGUUUUACUUCAACAUGGUCAAAACUGUGAAAAAGGAUGGAGUACAUCAGUCAAAGCAAGAUACAGAAGUAUAUACACCAGACCAGAAGAAACUUAUGUUUUCACAAGAUCAAAGAUAUGUCAAUAUGAAAAGAUCGUCAGAACUCAAGAAAAUAGAAAGAUUAAAGUCAUCACUGCACUUGAUAGAUGCUGCAGAUCAGCCCCAGAAUAAACACACAGUGUUUGUGGCUUCAAAGAAAGAAGCCAGGAACUUCGAUGCAGCAAAGCAUUUUGGGACACAUCCAGCACUAGUUGGUCGACGAUUCAAUCGUCCAACAAUGGAGAGCUUACAAGGUGGAGAAUUUGCGGACAUUGAUGAAUCAGCAUUACAGACAGCAACAGAGAAGAAAAAGAGGAAAUACCAAGAGUUAAAGAAGAGAAUAGAACGUGAGAAACAUCUAGGUAUUAUAUCACAGAAGAUGGAAAGAAAGAAACAAUUGUUGCAAGACAAAGCUGUAAAGAAGAAGAAAGUGGCAGCUGAGACAAAAGAAGCUGCUGCACAGUAUAAAUGGCAGUUCAAACGUAAAAGAUGAUUGACACUGGAAAAUAAAACUCUCCGCUCUGUCUUUCAUUAUUUUUGAAAAAUCUGUUUAAAAUGUUGUUUAAGAGGGCAUUGUAUGUGCAGCUUCUGUAAUUCUUGUUUGUGUUUUCGAUACACCUAUUCAAUAAAAUGUGAUAUGUUA